CCCACCCGGAAGGCCACGCGCAGAGCCGGACCCGCACCCCGCACCCCGCAGGCACCCCGAACGGAGCGCGCACCAUGGCUGUGUCCACCCCGCUGCGCGACUGCCAGGCGUGGAAGGACGCCGGUCUCCCGCUCUCCACCCCCAGCAACGAGGCCUGCAAGCUGUUCGAUGCCACCCUGACCCAGUACGUGACGUGGACCAACGACGCGGCUCUCGGGGGCAUCGAGGGCUGCCUGGCAAAGCUGAAGGCGGCAGACCCGACCUUCGCCAUGGGCCACGCCAUCGCCAACGGCCUGGUGCUGAUUGGCACCGGGAGCUCCGUGCGGCUGGACCGAGAGCUGGCGCUGGCGGUGAGGAACAUGGUGGAGAUGUCCAAAGCCCAGCCGCUGACGCCGAGGGAGCGGCUGCACGUGUCUGCGGUGGAGGCCUUCGCCAAGGGGAACUUCCCCGGAGCCUGCGAGCUGUGGGAGCAGAUUCUCCGGGACCACCCUACCGACAUGCUGGCCCUCAAGUUCUCCCACGACGCCUACUUCUACCUGGGCUACCAGGAGCAGAUGCGCGAUUCUGCGGCCCGAGUCUACCCCUUCUGGACACCCGGCGUCCCCCUGAGCAGCUACGUGAAAGGCAUCUACUCGUUCGGGCUGAUGGAAACCAACCUCUACGACCAGGCAGAGAAGCUCGCCAAAGAGGCGUUGUCUGUGACCCCCACGGACGCGUGGUCGGUGCACACCGUGGCCCACAUUCACGAGAUGAAGGCGGAGGUCAAGGCCGGGCUGGACUUCAUGCAGCACUCGGAAGCCCACUGGAAGGGCUCGGACAUGCUUGCUUGUCACAACUACUGGCACUGGGCUUUGUAUCUGAUUGAAAAGGGCGAGUAUGAGGCCGCGCUGACCAUUUACGACGACCACAUCCUCCCCAGCCUGCGGGCCAGCGGCGCCAUGCUGGACGUGGUGGACAGCUGCUCCAUGCUGUACCGGCUGCAGAUGGAAGGGGUGUCUGUGGGCGAGCGGUGGCGGGAUGUCCUGCCCGUGACCCGGGAGCACAGCCGCGACCACAUCCUGCUGUUCAACGACGCCCACUUCCUGAUGGCGUCGCUGGGUGCGCGGGACGCCCAGACCACGCAGGAGCUGCUGACCACCCUGCAGGAGGCCAGCGAGUCCCCCGGGGAGAACUGCCAGCACCGCCUGGCCCGCGACGUGGGGCUGCCCCUGUGCCAGGCCCUGGUGGAGGCCGACCGCGGGAACCCCGACCGCGUCCUGGAGCUCCUGCUGCCCAUCCGCUACCGCAUCGUCCAGAUCGGGGGCAGCAACGCGCAGAGAGACGUCUUCAGCCAGCUGCUGAUCCACGCGGCCCUGCAGUGCACCUCGGGCCCCCACAGGAACCUGGCCCGAAGCCUUCUGAUGGAGCGGGACGCCUUGAAGCCCAACUCGCCCCUGACUGAGCGGCUCAUGCGCAAGGCAGCCGCUGUCCACCUCCUGCAGUGAGCCGGCCGGGCCCAGUGCAGAGCCGGCGGCGGGCGUCCUAGCUCAGCAGCCACAGCGACAGGCCUGGGGAGUGGUCUGCAGCUUUAAACAGAGCCCUGGACCAGCGGCCCCACAGGAAGAGGGCAUGUGACUGUAUGUAGAGAUGAUUCAGAAUCUCCUUCUAAUCCUUGUUAAAGGCCAAGGCGCGUGCUCUGUGUCCACUGGCCUUGCAAAUUGUAUUUUCCCAGGGGCCUUGCGCCUCCUGUUGUUCAAGGGUUGGAA